AUGGAUUAUUUAUAUGAAUGUCUACUAUUGGACUAUAAUAGUGCUACUCUAAAGGCUAUUAAUAAUGAAACCAUUAGUGACUUAAUUAAUGAUUUUCGCCAACAACUUGUCCAUAACGUAACAAUUGAGACACAAAUUAUUUCAGACUUUACUGACUUUGAAAAUGAUGUCGAAAACGAUCCAACAAUUUUGAUGUCAUCGAUCAAUGAUAUCAUACCACUGAUGGUUGACAUGAGAUAUGAUAUGCUAAGCGAUUGGGAUCACAUCAAUAUAAUACACGAUCAAACUUUAGACACAAAAACUUUAGACGACUUAAACAAAGGAUUGAAAGAAGUGUCAGGUGUUGGCAUUAAAGCGACAACUGUUACCACUUAUGGCAUUACAAACAAUGAAUUAAACGACAAAAAAUUAAAACUUAAUUUAAUGACAGACUUCAAUAGCAGUCAAAUAAUAAAUUUAAUUGAAAACGACAAAUCAUUGCAAUAUUUUGUUGUUAUAGGAAACAGUAAAACAGUUGAAGAGAUUAUUACAUUGGCUUACGAGCGGUCAUUACUGAAUAAUCCUUUAAAAUGGAUUGUUGUACUCUCGGAACCGAUUGACGAUUCAUCUGAUUUCUGGAAACGUAUGUCAGAUAUAUUGGGUGUCACUGAUGUCACUGUUAUUAGAAGAGAAGUAUCGCCUUAUAGUGAAUGUAAUCAAUUAAGAGAAGGCUGUCAAAUGAAGUUAGCUUUUGAUACUUUGAAAAAUGCCAUCAAAAAGGUCAUUGAAUUACCAUUUUAUGACUUCAAUGAUACCAAACAAGUUAAAGCUCAGAGUAAAAACAGAUUAAUUUCUCAAAUGAAAUUGGAAAUGGGAACCAAUAAAUCAAUGUCUCAAUUCUGUGGUAAUUGUGAUCGAUAUGUUGUCCAAUCUUUUUACAAACAUAGAAUCGGAUCAGAAAAUGAAAACAAAGAUGACUUAACUGAAAUUGAAGACAACCCGCAAUACAAGAUAAUUGUUGAGAGAACAGGAUUGUGGUCACCAUUUAAGGGUAUGCUUCAGGAGGGAAAGGUAUUGGGAUAUUCAGAUGGAAAUCUCAAGAAUCUAGAGAUUAUAAUCGGAAUCGUUCAUCAACCGCCAUUAGUAAAGAUUCGGGAUAUAAACGAUCCAAAGUCUGUCGAGGGAACAACAUAUGAAAUGAUCAAAAUAUUGGGAAAACGGAUGAAUUUUACCAUUAAAUUAGAUAUGGAAAAGUCUAUCACUUUGGGUCGAAAGAAAAAUGGCGUAUGGACCGGGAUGAUUGAUAAAGUAAACCGUAGUAAAGUGCGAAUUGGUGCAAAUGGUUACUGGAGGACAGUCGACCGCAUGGAUGCCGUAGAUUUUACAUUUCCUUUUGAUUACGAAGAGAUGUCAAUGAUGUUACAAAAGACAAGUGAAGAUCACAAAUACUUAUUCCUCACACCAUUUACUUGGGAUGCAUGGCUCAGUAUAUUAUUUACUGUUGUACUAAUGGGUCCGUUAUUAUGGAUAGUUCAUAGAUCGAGCAAAUACUAUGAUUAUUAUAAUAUGAGAGAUAAUAAGGGUCUGUUUAAAUUAUCUAACUGUGCUUGGUAUUGUUUUGGAGCAAUGGUUCAACAGGGAGGCGAUCACUUACCAUUGGCUAUAUCUGGAAGAAUAUUAGUGACAUUUUGGUGGCUCUUUGUCAUAGUGACGGUCACCACUUAUAGUGGAAAUUUAGUCGCUUUGUUAACGUUUCCUAAAAUAAUACAUCCGAUUGAAAAUCUUGAAGACUUGUUAUCAUAUAGUGGAUCAAUGAAAUGGGGUACCGAUACGGGAGGUGCUAUGGAAGAGUUGAUUGAAACGGCUAAAACAGGACCUCUCAAACAGUUAGCCAGUAAUAUACAAUUUUUUGAUAACCGAACCAUAGAAAUGUAUGAAAGAAUAAAGAACGGGGAACUGGUAUUCCUCGCCAGUGAUUCUGAGGUUCGCUAUCUUAUUACUAAAGAAUUUAAUCGAACAGAAAAAUGUGAAUUAAUGAUCGGAAAGGAUGCCGUCUUCUCCAGUUCCGUCUCAUUCAUCAUCAAAAAAGGAGAACCAAAAGGAUUUAAAGAAAGACUUGAUUUCGAAGUUGGACGAAUGGCUAAAACAGGACUAGUCUUACAGUGGAAUAACAAGUUUGAAGAGAAAGGCAAUGAUUGUUUGUAUCCAUUAGUUGUAAGGGCUGGAGACGUGAAGAAGAUAGGAAUGGCUCACAUGAUUGGCUGCUUUUUCAUACUUGGAAUCGGUCUGUUGUUUGGUUUGUUCUCAUUGUUUGGUGAAGUGUUUAAGAGCAACAAAAAAAUCAAAUUGACUGCCGGUGUCAUUCAAUUUAAUGGAAAACAAAAAUUAGGAAAAUGGGAUAAAUUGAAAUUGUUUUAUCAAAAGGUCAAUCAGGGAUCGUUGUACAGCUCAUGGAUUAAUACUACCAACACUUUGGUGACUAACAAUAACAGAAAUACCGCUAAAUUGCAAUUCAAUUAUCCGAACAUUAAGGCAGAAGACGGUAGAGCAUUACCGGCCGGUUGGGGCGAUCCUAACAGAGCCCGUAAUGUCAACCAACCCUUAAAUGGCAAGAGAGCGCCGUCGGUGUUUGGAAACAGAGAAACCACUAAUUAUAAUUCAAAGGAUAAUUAUAAUUAUUUUAGUUACGAUCCGAUUAAGUCUAACUAUAAAAACAAUUUCGGAUAUCAAUAA